UGUUACCGCUUGUUGCCGACGCGAGAGAGUUGUGUGUGCAUGCAAUGGUGGACGAGGUUCUCGAAGGCCGCUCGAAGUGCGCGCCGUCAAUCUACCGACCAGUCGUUCGGCCGUUUCUCCGAUAAGAUACGAGCGGAUAUCGCUCGUCGCCGGUGUCAUCGUCGUCGCGUUCCUCCCCACGAUCGUGCAUAGUGAUAUGUAUAUGUAUAUAUAUAUAUCUCCAUUGCCGCGCCGUACCUUCUCGAACGCAGGUUUCACCGUUUCAGGCUGGAAGAGGGGGAGGAGCAACAGCAGCAGCAGCGCUUUCGUGUACACCUCGCCGAAUCUCGUCGCCCGAUUAAAUCUCGAGUCUUCGAAAGAAAGAGAGAUAGAGAGAGAAAAGGGAACGAGCCUCGAAUUAUGACCACGGGCGUAGAGUUGCCGUUCUAGAGUCCGCGCGACCAGUGCCCGUAAACACCGCGCACGUAAAUACAGAACACACGCAUACACGCGCGCGGCGUCGUCGUGCGCAAAGAGGCAUAUACACACAGUGCGCGUUCUGUGAUAAAGGAGAACGCCCGGUAUAUAUAACCCAAUCGUGUAUCGCGCCACUUUCGGGUUAACUCGGCGACGGCGUCGGAGUGGUGCUGGUGGUGCUGGUGGUUCAACCGGGGGUAGUAGUUAACCGGUAGUAUAUUGAUAGUCAAAGUAGUCUUACGUUCGCGCGGCAUGAGAAAAUGAUGUGAUCGACGGUCAUCAUGGCGGCACCCAUGCUAAAGUGGAAGCGGAUCGCGAAUCCGACCGGGCCCCAGCCGAGACCGAGGCAUGGACACCGGGCGGUCGCCAUUAAGGAUCUCAUGGUGGUGUUCGGCGGCGGUAACGAGGGCAUCGUCGACGAGCUACACGUAUACAACACGGCAACAAACCAAUGGUUCGUGCCGUCCACAAAGGGAGAUAUCCCGCCAGGAUGCGCGGCGUACGGCUUCGUCGUCGAUGGCACGCGUAUCCUGGUCUUUGGCGGAAUGGUGGAGUACGGCAAGUACUCCAACGAGCUAUACGAACUUCAAGCGAGUCGAUGGGAAUGGAAACGCUUAAAGCCGAAGCCGCCUAAACAUGAGCCACCGCCUUGUCCGCGUUUGGGACACAGUUUCACUCUUAUCGGCAACAGGGUCUUCCUCUUCGGCGGUCUCGCGAACGACAGCGACGAUCCAAAAAACAAUAUACCGAGAUAUCUGAACGAUCUGUACACCCUCGAGCUCCUUCCCAAUGGCCAAACGGCCUGGGAUGUGCCGCAGACGCACGGGCACGCGCCACCACCCAGAGAAUCUCACACAGGAGUCGCAUACACGGAUCGUACGACGGGUAAAUCUUGUCUGGUGAUUUACGGCGGUAUGAGCGGCUGUCGUCUGGGCGAUUUGUGGUUUCUCGAUGUCGAUUCGAUGACCUGGAAUAAACCGGUGGUUCACGGACCCACUCCUCUGCCGCGAUCAUUACAUACUGCCACUUUGAUCGGUCAUCGCAUGUACGUGUUCGGGGGAUGGGUGCCAUUAGUCGUCGACGACGUUAAAGUCGCGACGCACGAGAAAGAGUGGAAAUGCACAAGCACGCUAGCAUGCUUGAAUCUAGAAACUCUUACAUGGGAACAAUUAACAGUCGAUUCUCUGGAGGAAAAUGUUCCGCGCGCUCGCGCUGGUCACUGUGCGGUUGGUGUGCACAGUAGACUCUACGUGUGGUCUGGUAGGGACGGCUAUCGUAAAGCUUGGAACAACCAGGUUAGGGUUUGCUGCAAGGAUCUAUGGUAUCUCGAGGUCAGUAAACCGGCGCCGCCUUCCAGAGUUCAACUGGUUAGGGCUUCCACGCAAACGUUGGAAGUCAGCUGGACAGCGAGCCCGUCCGCGCAAUAUUAUAUCCUUCAGAUACAGAAGUACGACAUGCCGCCGGCGGCGACCGGAACUUUCCCACCUGUGAGCGCACCGGCGCCUGUAGCACCCAUCGUCAGCACCACCCCCGCAGCGGCGGUGACGACUCCCGUGAUGGCGGCAACCCCCGCGACUGUACCCGUUACGUCUCCGCCUGUGACCACGGUCGCUGCUCUUCCUCCGACUAUCCCAUCCGCCGCCGCUGCCGCCAGAUCAACUGUCACAUCGACGGUGACGACUCCGUUGCGAGUCCAAUCGACUGCGCAAAGUCCCGUACAAAAGGUGGUGUCACCACAAGUGGUGCAAAAGCCGGCGAGCCCCAUGACUCCGAGGGUCGUGACCAGUAAUGUCAUACGUAUUCGCUCUCCCCUUACAUCCACAGUCGCAACAGCAAUACCGACGGCGGUAGCCGUAGCCACUACCGAGCAACAACAGCAAAACACUGUGACCGCGACUACAACUGUGGCGUCCGGCCAAACACCCGCCGCCGCAAUGUCUGGCAUCGCCGCUCUGGCCGCAGCGGCAGCCGCCACUCCAAAAAUCACCAUGAACAAUGUCCCCAUUAUACCACAGGCCGGUGCCGUGACUACGACCAAUACCAUCAGAAUGAAGAAUGUUCAACCGAGUCAGCAGAUACGCUUUGCUGCGCCAGGUGCUACAGUAUUGCGUACCACUUCGCCGCAACAAAGCAAACAGAUCAUACUGCAGAAGCCCGGCCAGAACAUAUCUGGUCAGCAGAUAGUGCAUCUUCUCAAGACCGGACAGGGUAUGGUGACCACGGUGCCCAAAGUGAGCCUUAUUCCCGGCAAGACUGUUCAAGCGACUGGCGCGAAACCUCUCAAUCAAGGACCGACAAUAUUGCGACUGGUAAAUCCUAAUACGGUGGCAGGAUCAAAGAUUCUGACGACCAUGAAGGCAUCCAGCCUAGUAGCGAUGAGCAAAGGACAGAAUAUUACGGGCAAGCAAACUAUAAUGAUUACCAAACCAGGAGGCAAUGGCGGAUUGGUUGGUAGACCUAAUCAAAUCAUUGUCGUUACUACCGGUUCGGGUCUUAGAGCUGUGCAAGCUGUGACGACAUCACAAGCUGGUACGGGACAAGGGGGUAACAUUACUACUCCUGUCAACGUCUUACCGUUGUCGGCUACGAAUCACGUCACAAAUCAGCAAGGCGUCAAAAUGAUCGUUGUUUCUUCGGGAGCGAUGGGCGGUGGAACUGCCGGCAAGCCAAUCACUAUCACAGUCCCAGGACAGGGCGGUGUACCAAAGACAGUGACUAUCGCUACGAAAGGCAGUCCGCAAGCCAUCUUCAAUCCCGGCAAGAGUCAAAUCGUUGCCGUGCCACAAAUGCAAAAAACUCCCGAAGCAGUGAUCUCUGGAAAACCAGUGACCUUGCAAAUGUCGGGAGGCAUAGGUGCAAAGACGGUGACGCUUAUGCCAACAAGUAGUUCUAUAGUAACUACUUCGAGUGCAUCAGAUUCGAUAGACACCGGUAAAAUGCUCUUUGUUUCUUCGCAAAAACAACCUUCAGCUUCCUUAGCAUCUACGUCUGACGGGCCAGCUACUACAGACGCUGCGAUAGCCGCGUUAGCAGCAGAGGCAGGUCUGAUAGAUCCCGUUCCGGAACCAUCUGGUGGCUUGUCAUUUAUGGUAGCUGCGGAUGAUGGUGCUGGAGACGGAGGACAGAUGGAGGACAGUUGUAACGGUAACGAAGCAACCACAGCGGCCGCUUUAGUUUCGCAGAUGGAUGCGGGCGAACCGAUGCAAGUCGACGGCGAUGGAAACUUUGUACUUCCACAAGUUGACGGACCGAUCGAUGCUCUCUUAUCGGAAGACGAGGAGAAGAUGGAUCUAGACGAAGAACCUGCUCCUUCGGAAAGCGCGACCGAAUCGACUAAUAUUGACGAGUCAGCAGCGGUCACGGAACAAGACGUUAAUAUUCAGCCUGAGAAUGUCCAAACGGAAGAAUCUACAGUAAAUGAAGAAGCCGCCACGACCGAAGCAACAACUGACCUUCCAGAAUCGAUUAUUCCUUCCACCACCAGCGAAAUUCCCGAGGAAGUUCCUGAUAAUCCUCCAGUCGAUGAAGUACCUAUCGAAACUAGCGCUGAUGAUGCGGAACAGCCGAGUGAAAAGGAAGCAGAUAUUAAACCGUUAAUUGACGAAGCGAAAAUGACGAAACCUGAUUCACCUUUGAUACAAUCGCCCGUGGAAGUUCCAUCCGAACAGACGACUUUGGAGGACAUCGCAAAUCCGACGGUGACAAAAACGGACGAAACCCAACAAGAAGAGAGUAGCCAAGCAAAAGAUAAAGAGCUCGAAUCGCAUUCUGCUGAAGAUGAAAAGCCCUCGGCGGUUGAGAAUCUAUCUAUCGAAGAUACAUCGCAUCUUUCCAAAGAUGAAAUUCAAGAAACUGAGAAGAAAGUGAAGGAAGAGACGGAACCGGAAAUCGAUCUUCCGGGCGAGAAUUCUCUCAUAAAAUCGGAAGAUGCCAAUGAAUCGAUGAUCACUGACGAUGCAACAUUGACUGCUGCAGUUAAUAUAACGCCGACAACGACUCCCGUCAUUACGCCGAGUAUACAAUUGAAACUGGAACCAACAACGGACGAACCUAUGGAACAAGACAAGUCACCCGAUCUACCAAUAUCGUCGAUCAACGGUGUCGCCUUACCUCUCGAAAAGGAAACAGAAAGCGUAGCAAAAGUACACACUCCUGUGAAAGUGGAGGUGAAAGACGAACUCGCGUCUUCGAAGAGAGAAAAUUUGAAGCAAGAUAAGCUCAAUGAUUCUAGAUCGGAAACUGGAGACGACUCGACGGCUUUGACGACGUUGGCUACUGCUGCUUUGGGAUCAGCCGAGUCACCGAUAAAAGUUAAAAGCGAACAGAGCGAGGAGGAGAAGAAAGAGGCAGAAUGGUAUGACGUGGGAGUAAUAAAAGGAACCAGCUUCACGGUCCAGCAUUAUUACCUUCCUGGCGAUGAGCCUUUAGAUAUUACGCAACCCUUGACGAUGGAUGUUUUUAAAGGAAGAGCUAAAGUAGCAUUAGAACCUGGAACUGCCUACAAAUUCAGAGUUGCCGCUGUGAAUACUUGCGGACAAAGUGCCUGGAGCGAGGUAGCAGCAUUCAAGACGUGUCUUCCGGGCUUUCCGGGCGCACCGAGCGCUAUAAAAAUAUCAAAGUCCGCAGACGGCGCACAAAUCUCUUGGGAACCGCCGCCAAGCAAUGUCGGUCCCAUCCUCGAAUAUUCCGUCUACCUGGCAGUGCGGAGCACCGCGUUGAACAAUGACGGGGAACCGAAAACAGUCGUGUCGAAUCCAAAUCAGUUAGCCUUUAUUAGAGUUUAUUGCGGUUCGAGUAAUUCCUGUUCGGUGAACAAUAGUGCCCUUAAUGCCGCUCACGUGGACACCACUACGAAACCGGCCAUAAUCUUUAGAAUAGCAGCACGAAACGACAAGGGUUAUGGACCGGCGACUCAAGUCAGGUGGCUGCAAGCAGAUCCAACCACAGCUGUGAAAAGUAAUCCGCAAGCGAAGAGACCCGGCACGGACCUACGCUCGCAGGUGACCUCUCCGCAGAAGAAGAUGAAGAUGGAAACAGCCGGUGAUAAUUUCUCGUGAGCCCGUUCUCUCCCUGGCCUCGUACAGCCGUGACUCCCGCGAGCGAUGCUACUCAUUAUUUAAUUUACACACGCCUAACAACGAUAACGAAAUCCAAUGUACUAUCGAGUAUAAACAACAUUAUAUAUAAGUAAAACGAAAGAUAUGAAUACUCGAUAAAAAAAAAAGAAAGGGAUAGGGUGGAAAAAGGUGUGUGUCUAUAGUUAGAUUUAAUCUAAAUGUAAGAAGUAUAAAAAAAAGUAUUUUUAAUGUUCUGUAUGGACGUCCUUCUGUAUCGCGUUCCUUAUUCACCGUCAUCCUUCUACUUCUCUUUCGCGCGUGAGUGCGCGAGAAUCCUCUGCGAAGACGACACAAGUACCGUUGAUAAAUAAUGACGAGAUCAUUUUCUUUUUCCCAUUUUUUUUCGGAGUUAGUAAGUUUUUCUAUGUUUUAUAGCGCGCGCGCGUUUUCUAUGAAGAACGGUACAACAUAUCGCAUCUAAAUGCUCACAAACAGUUCGCAUCGCGCGGAUCUUACCCGUACUUUGAUGAUUUUCGCGUUAUCUGGCAACCCUCUGAUGAAUUUGACCACAGAUGCUGUAUGGGAAUGAUAGAAUAGAGCUGACUGGACAGGACUUGUAUAUUCGAAUACUUUGUGUAUUUGUUUGAACAAUUAUAUAUACAUAUAUAUACGACAAAAAAUCUAUAUAUUUUGCCAACACACAUUUAAAUUCUUUAUAGUAUAUUUAUCAUUAUUAUUAGAGCAUCUGCAAUUCUUUUUAUAUUUACACAUAUUUGUGUGCACGAUGGCAGAGAAAGCUCGCUUCUGAGAUGUAGGUAUAUUUUAAUGUACAUAAAAGUCUUAAACUGAGAAAAAUGUGUUUAUCAUAUUCCGAGAAAAUAAAAUUAAUACUUUUUGAUAAGAAUAGGAUAUAAUAUAAUUGGAAGAUACACACACACACACACACAUAUAUAUAUAUAUAUAUAUAUAUAUAUAUAUAUAUUCAAAUUUCGAUUGGUUUGUCAUUUGUAUCUGCUAGUUUGUGUUUCCCCGCAGGUAAUGGAAGCUCUUUUGUAUAAUAUCAUCGAUCCAGUUUGACAUGUGACAAUCGGUGCUAUACGUUAUUCUGAAGAACUUUUGUUACUGCCAAUGCGACAGAAAUAUGUUAUUGAGAGAGAGAGCACACACAACACAUAAAGCGUAUAAAAUUAAAUGUAUCGAAACGUGCGUAAUAUUAAGUUACUUGUAUGUUUUUUGUCAAACAAUUGCAACGAUGCAGAGAUAUUUUGUAUAAAAUAUAGAUUAAAUGAAUUACUACAUGUAAUUAAUGAAUGUCUCUAAGGAUCCGCGCUCUAGGAUGAUUAAUUGAUAUUAUAAGCGGAUAUAUAUAAAGAAAAAAAAAGAACUCCAAGGAAAGUUAAGGAUAUUUUUAGACAUCAACGAAACGAUUGUUUGAGUACGGAUGUAUCUGAAUAAUGGUAGACUGUACGUCUUUAAAGUAAAUUCUAAUCUUUUAUAGUCCUAAGACACGCAAGUAAAUAGCGGAUAAAGCAGGAAGAUUAAAAUGAAAAGAAAGGUAAGAAAGAGAAACAUAUGCGUUAUCGUAAUUAGAGAAGGGAGACAUGUAAUAUAUAUCCCUAACUUUUUUUUUGUGAGCAUAAUAUUAUAAUUUUAAUCAAAAUAUACUGAAUAAGCUUUUAAACACCAGAAAACCGAGAAGUGUUAAUUGCGCUGAAGCUAUCGGCGGUUUUGUUUCUCUCGGUCAAGGUUGGAGCUAUGUUGAAGCUGCAAUAAUUUAUAAGAGCGCAUAUUUUAUUUUAGAUUAUUCAUCAACAUGCAUAUUGUAUAUAUAUUAUAUAUUAUAUAUAUACAUAUAUAUAUAUAUAUAUAUAUAUAUAUAAAAUAGAUAUAAUUAUUUUAUAUAUGCUUUCCGUUAUCUAUUUGUAGCUUAAGCAAGGUAGAACACCAUCUACUAACAUAGCGUUCCGUACGCUCAAUUUGUUACAUUGAAGUUUUGCGUUAACAAAGUUUACUUUGCUAAGGAGCCUAUAUGUUAUAGAAAGAUAUUAUGAGAGUACUCUUUUGAGUAGUGAAUGGACUUUACAUUAUUAAGUACAUGUACAAUUGCAAUUGUUUGUCUCUAUCCUUAAAUAGAGAGAUUCGUAAUCCGAGAUCUUGGAAGCAUUUUCCUGGAAAUAUACAAAUGAAGAUAUACGAUGUAUAAUGUAAAUGGGAUAACUAAAUGGUAUAUACUUUCAAACGUAUUGUUUUGAUCUUGAUUUUUCUCUUGCUGAUCCUUUAUAUUAAAAAAAAAGAAACGAAUAUACGAGUAUCUCUAUAUUUAUUACUAUCCUAGGUAAUAAGCACACAAUUAUUUUGACAUUAUGUGAUGUAAAUUUGCUAUUUGGGAUUACAAUAAUAUAAGCAAUUAUCAGCUGUUUAA